AUGACUCAACAAAGUAUUGAUGGAUUAUCUGCAUUGACUCAAAGAUUUGCAACUGGAUUCCCAAUGGUUCAAUCAAAUAAAGAAGCAACCGAUAUAUUCAUUUCUGAAUGCACUGCUGAUGCUCAGAACUUUAUCAAUUAUAUGUCAGCUGGAGAUCAGACAAUUUAUAACAAUCACUUGAAGAAAUAUGAAUUUGCAUAAUU